CGGACAGCUCAGCGUACUGUUUAUUAGUUGCAAUGAGCAGCGAAGUGGUGAAGGUGGUGGUAGAGUGUGUCCUCUGGAACAAUUAAAUAAGGGCUGUUUCUGUUCUGGCAUUUCUCUCGGUCGAUGUUGCGAGUUUCCACGUCGUCGGCCACGGAGGAAAUAAAGGCGCUCGCCGUGUACCUCAACUCCUCGCGUUUACGAUUUUGAAUCUUGAUCCGACGCGCCUCACCCGUGCUCAUCACUCGGAUUCCUACGUCGUUUGUGGAUUAAAAAAAAUUCAUAUUGAAUGUGAGGGCGUCCCGAGCUGAUGCGACUGCCUGACUAAGCGACGCUUUUGUCGGCGAAGGUGGCCCGGCUGUCGAGCGCGUGAGGCACCGGCGCAUCUAUGCGGACGCCUCGCGUGUUUGCGGGAUGAAGAUGUCGCGCAUAGUUUUAAUAGCCGCUCGCAACAAACCCGGAUAAUCAGCGGACGAAUAAUCGAGAGAGAGGACGACAAGUAGUCACGCUUCUUUAUUUUUUUUUUUAUUUUUGUUGUGGAGGGUGAGAAGAAAAGGAAGGGGAUAUUUGGAGGGCUUUUCGUGCUGUGCCUCUUACUGCGAUCUUCAGUUGGAUGUCCGUCUGCUUACGAUGAACUGGCGGGGCGGCGAAGAGUAGAAAGGAAACUGUCGGCAGGAGACCAACUUCACCGUGUCUUAGGCGGCCGUCCUCCUGCAUAUGACCGCUUUGUGUUUACUGGGGAUAACGAAUAGUAUAGGCAGCCCGACCCGCGUAGACGAAAGGCUUUGCUUGGAUAUUUGUAUUUUGACGUCGGGUUCUCCGAAGGGAAGAGACCAGGUAAGGGUAAUUUAACCAAGGAUCCCUACCACUCUAGAGGUUUGUUUUGGUCGAUCGAUUAUCCUUUUGAAGACGUUUCCGAUAUCCUUUAUACUGCUCUGAACACAAGACAUUGAUGACUCUUGAGUACCAAUCAAUAAGUCUUGAAAAGAAUAUUCCCUGUUAUGUAAUGGGGAGUAUUUCAGGGAAUAGACUAUGUGUACGUGGAUAGACUUGUUUUUUAUAUUAGGGGUGAGCUUGAGAUACUGGGGCUUUCUUGCAACAAGCAGGAAAUCCAUCACACUGUCUAGAUACGGUUUCACUGGAAUUGCAGUGGACACUAUGGUGAGCGUGGACAUUACACAAAGUGACUUCAUCAUUCCCAUCUGCUCUGGUUCUCUCGCAGAGACUUCCUCGGAUUUCUUUUGACCAUUGUUGGGGUGCCACUGUUGAUUCAUGCAUCUCGGGGUGUCCGAUCCCAUGAGAGAGUGCGAGUACAGUCAGAUAAGCACUCGCAGCUCGACACCAAUGGAAUCUCCGCACAAGAAGAGGAUCCCAAGGAGGAAGUGGCAAGUCUUCCCAGGCCGGAAUAAAUUUUACUGCAGUGGAAGGAUUAUGAUGGCUAGGCAGACCGGUGUCUUCUACCUCACCCUGGUCCUCAUCGUGGUCACCAGUGGGCUCUUCUUCGCUUUUGACUGCCCGUUCCUGGCAUCGUCGCUUAGCCCCGCCAUCCCGGCAGUAGGGGGCGUGCUCUUCCUCUUCGUGUUGGGGACACUGCUCCGGACCAGCUUCAGCGACCCCGGGGUCCUGCCCAGGGCCACGCCCGACGAAGCCGCCGACCUGGAGAGGCAGAUCGACAUCGCCAAUGGCACCACUUCCGGUGGAUUCCGUCCGCCCCCCAGAACGAAGGAGGUGAUCAUCAACGGGCAGACGGUGAAGCUGAAGUACUGCUUCACCUGCAAGAUUUUCAGGCCGCCGCGUGCCUCACACUGCAGCCUAUGCGACAACUGCGUGGAACGGUUCGACCACCACUGUCCCUGGGUGGGCAACUGCGUGGGCAGGAGGAACUACCGCUUCUUCUACAUGUUCAUCCUCUCGCUGUCCUUCCUCACCAUUUUCAUCUUUGCCUUCGUCAUCACCCACGUCAUCCUGCGGUCCCAAAGCAUGGGCUUCCUCAAUGCACUCAAGGACAGCCCUGCCAGCGUGUUGGAGGUGGUGGUCUGCUUCUUCUCCGUGUGGUCCAUCGUGGGCCUGUCCGGAUUCCACACCUACCUGAUAAGCUCCAAUCAGACCACGAACGAAGACAUUAAGGGAUCAUGGUCAUCGAAACGGGGGAAGGACAACUAUAAUCCUUACAGCUACGGAAAUAUUUUCAGUAACUGCUGCGCUGCUCUUUGUGGACCACUGCCACCCAGUCUAAUCGACAGGAGGGGCUUCGUCCAGCCAGACACGCCCCAGCCCACCCCUCCGACCAAUGGGAUCACCAUGUACGGGGCCACGCAGUCACAGAGCCAUAUGUGUGACCAAGACCAGUGCAUUCAGAGCACCAAAUUCGUUUUGCAGGCCGCCGCCACGCCCUUGCUGCAGAGCGAUCCCGUCGUCAUGGGCGACGAGCCCUCGCUGCCGGGCCGGACCUCGCUGGGCACAGCAUGCACCGCGCUGCCCCUGGCCCAGCCCACACCCCCGACCUCCACGCCCAGCCUGAGCUGUGACACAGAUAUGCUGCCCCUGCGUGGCGACCACAUCCCAGAGGCCCACCACCACUUCCUGACCCCGGAAGAGGCGCCGUCGCCCCCUGGCAUGCUGCCCUGCGGCAGCCCGCUGGGUCACAGCCACACCAUGCCCUUCUACAACCCUGCCAGCCAGGACUCCCUGCACGAGGACUCCGUCCGGGGGCUGGUGAAGCUCAGCUCUGUCUAGCCUUCCGCCACCUCCAUCCACCCCAUGCUACGCCCGCAGACACCCCCCUUCGGCCCAAAUCAGCGCCCCCUUGCCAAAGCCCCAUCUCACCAGACUGAGCCCCACUCAGCCAAUACACUGCCAGUCCUCCCGGUCACACGGGUGGGGUGGGAAUGUCAGUGGGUCAGCUAGAUGACCCUAAACUCGCCCCUCCCAUGUCUGCCGGGACCCGGAUGUCGGCUCUGGGUCCCCCGGAAGGAGGGAUGAAAGUGGCGAUUCCAACUGUGGACAGCAAGUGGCGCUGUACCCUAUGAGCAGCGGUCAGAAGUGUAAAGCGAUGCCAUGCUGCUCUCCCCAAACGCCCCCUUUCUGUGAUGGAUCUGGUGAUGCUCUUUUAUAACCCCCCCCCAUGGCCGUUCUUUUGUUUUGUAAUCUCUUGUUUCUCUUGACAAAUGAUACCCUUUGCCUUUUCUAGCUGCGAUUUUUCGUGGAGUGUCAAAGGUGAUUCCGAUAACUGCCGAUACUGUGUUGUGUUGCAUAUCACUUAUCCCGCCCCUCCAUGUUUAAUCGCGAUAUGGUAUUGUCGUGUGCCAUACCGGGACUGUGACCCACCCCUACACACUUGUUAUAUUUCCUGUGGAUAUUAAUAAAAAAAAAAAAAACACGCAACUUUUUAUUGCCAAACUACUCCAGUGGCAUUGUGGAGUCUCUGAAUUAAAGCGUCAUCUGGCCCUCGUGACUGACCGGGGUUGAACCCCGCCGUCAAGGCACUGCUGCUGCUGCUUACGGAGUCGGGGUCGCGCAUAGGAGAUGCUGCUCUUGGGUUUUGCGUUUUUCUGCACCCUAGCAGAGCCAUGGAGUGCUGGAAUCUUCCGCUGCAGCCGCCGUCGGUCGGUGGCAGGUUCUGCUGCGUAUUUUGGUCUCUAUGCUGCACUUGGGUGGGUUUGUUUCUGGAAUCCCACUCAAAAGGUCACGCCCCUCCCUCCCCCAGUGUAGUGACUGUCUCUGGCCAGCAGGGGGCCCAGCACAGAUGCAUGGUUUAGUGGUGGUGAAUGCUGCCACAGCACCAAACUAAUGCAUUAUUUUAAACCAGUUGCAUUUCUAUGGAGCGUGUUCUCCUACUUUAAAUUAUACUGUAAAUGAUCAUUUGAAUGACAUUUUAUAAAUAAUCGUUUAAAUGACGAUUUAAAUUAUUAUUUAAAUCAUUUAAAUGACAUUUAUUUAUUGAAUGUCCUGUGGCUGACCAAAUUAUGCGUGUAGAAGCAUGUUUUUACAAGUUACAAGGGCUGUUUUUAUUUUACCAAAAGCCCCAGUUUGCAUACUGAUUAUUUGUUGAAUUUUAUGUAAAUAAACUCUCUUUUUUU